AUGUCACUCGGCACACUGUUGGUUGUGCAGAGGAUAACUGAAGGGACGCUGUGCACGGCGCAGGCUGUCAUCAAGCAGAUUGGUAUCAAUGGUGUGGCUUUGACAUCACUGGCCAUUGCAAUCCAUACAUUCUCGGUGCUCGUGUUGCGAUGGAGAGGUCCCACACAUAUCUGCAAGUACAUGACUGCAGGAGUUUGGAUCUUCACAGCGCUCGUAGUCGGUAUACCCAAUGCCGUUCAUCGAAACGAGAUCUACUAUGGUCGGAAUGGUUUCUGGUGCUGGAUCCGCGACGAGUAUAAAGUCGAGUUGGUGGUGUCAGAAUACCUGUGGGUAUGGUUGGCGGCAUUCCUCAUGGUCGUUCUGUACACUCUCAUGUUCUUGGUGAUGAGGGGCUUUAUCGUCGUCGAGAGGGGUGUCCGUUGGAGAGGUUCAAACGGCGUCAAUGUGAACCGUCAUCACCACAACGAUGAGAUGGACGAGGAGGAGAGGGCGGUUAGAACUAUUGCUAAUCUACUGCUAUUCUACCCAGCUGUCUACGUUGUUUGCGUUUUCCCAAACAGCCUCACACGAUGGCUUGCGUUCAGUGGUCACAAACCUCCAUACCAAGCAACUCUCUUUGCCAGCUCCAUCUUCGCUUUUUCAGGGCUUUUCAACGUGGUAUUAUUCUUCCUCACUCGACCUGAACUCGUCAAAGGACCAUCGACAGAAACACCUCCCGAAUCGCCCAUCGUGCCUCACACCAAAUACGGACACCUUCCGGCUUUCCGAGAUGGAAACGAUGGUCUCAACCGCGGUGCGGUCAACAUCGAUAUUGAGAAGGCAGAGGAGAAUGGAGGGUAUGGCACGAGAGUCCUGCCAGACUCGCACCCGAUCUAUCAAUCUCCAAAUCCCCCGCCUAGGUCUUUGUCGUCGUCCACUGGCAACCACUAUGCGUCUUCGAAGCUCUCUCGGCCCCGGACGGCGGAGACCAUGCCGGAGGAGGACGAUGACGAGGAGGAUUAUGGCCGGUUGCCUGAUCUGCGGAAGUAG